AUGUCUCUGGCAAGCCGCUUGGACAAUGUGACGCGCGUUGGCGAAGGAGAAUGGAAUCCAACCUUUGGACUUCAUCCCAAACACUCGGGUUGCAUUGAACACAUUGAACUCGACGACGAUUACGACGAAGCGUGGUUCGUGACAGCGGAUAAGGCCUGGAGACCGAUAUUUGCCAGAUCAUAUCCGGCAAACUUCGACCAUAUCAAGCUCCACGGCGAGAAAUUCAAUCACUGGCUUGCCGAAGAGGAGGGCGCUUUCUUCCACAUCACCGGCCAGCCGGGGUCAGGGAAGUCACAACUCCUGGCCGAAAUUGGCUACACCGGUAGUCGGAAGAUGUGGGUUGAAGGUAGCUGGACGAAGACCAAUUCCAAUUCCAAGAAGAUACGCUGGAGCCGAGUCUUCUUCUACAAGUACCAAAAAGAGCCGCGCGAGCAUGAUCCACUCAUGACGAUGAUGCGUGGGAUCUUAGCCUCGCUCUUUGGUGGGUACCGUGACGAGAGCGAUCAGAAGCUGGUCCCUCUUUUGUUUCCUGAGCGUGCCCACAUGGGUACUAUUCCCGCUAGGCAUCCCCAGUACAGCUCCCCUGUGACGGACGGCCGCGUCCCUGACUGGGAAGAGUUGAUCAAUCAGGACUACGUCAUUGAUGAUGAGGAGGUUCUUUCCGCUUGGAAAAAUCUGCUGGAAUCGGAUGCUAUCUAUGAAGAUCGUAAGAUCUUUCUCGUACUUGACGGCCUGAAUAAGCUCGAUCCAGCACAUCAUUCAGCGAUGAUUGCCAAUCUUAAGGAGUGGGCGGACGCCAGGCCGGGAGACGUGAAGAUCUGUAUCUCCAGCCGUGGCGAGGAGGAAUUCCAGAAGGCUUUCCGAUCUUGUUCGGGUUACGAUCUCGGAGGAGUCAACUUUACCAAAAUGGUAUUGUAUGCCCAUAACCAGCUAGCAACCGAUGGGACCUUGGAAGGCGUGGAAGGCUUGGAACGGUUUGUACGGAUCCCCGGCACCGAGGAAGAGGAAAAGAAGUUGGAGCACAGGAGAGCGGUGAAUCGUCACUACACCAGCUUAGCAACCACAGAAGAACAGCACCAUAUCGAGCGCAAGAUCACGCAGAUGGCUCAAACUUCAUUCUCAUGCGUGGUCGAGGUCGUGAAAGCACUGGUCAACGAAGAUAUUCUGGCUUGUAAUGAUAUCGACGAUAUCAGCAAGGCUAUCGAAAAGCGCGUGGACGAGUUCCGGAACAGGGACUUUGAUGCAGACAUGGUCUAAGCCCUAAGCUCUUUUGAGGUCCACGAGAAGGAGGACUUGGUUCAUAUGUGCAUAUAUGGCCAUUGAAGCAUAGUGUAUUUUUUCU